AUGACCUCUGGAAGACAAGAACCUGUCAUCGUUGCGUCCUGCAAACAAACUCGGUUCCAUCUAGCCGAGGGCAAGGGUUCGGGAGAGAUUGACAUUCAGGGGCUAGACAUACUUAUUGCCUCUCGCCCAUCUCAGAGUCAGGAUGCAGAGCAUUCAGGGGCAGGAAAGGCGAAGGCCCGAAAGAAGGAGAAAGCUGGCCUAGGAAUAGAGAUUCUCACUGGCGCGAAUCUUCGUUUAAAGGCUGGAGUCCAUUAUGGCCUUGUUGGUCGAAAUGGGACGGGGAAGUCAACCCUACUCCGAGCCAUGGCCGAUAGGCUGAUACCCGGGCUGCCUGAGCGUGUCAAGAUUGCAAUUCUCCAGCAAACUGAUGUUGAAGCUGACAUCGAUUCUGAUCCGGCAUCGUCGGCCAUUAGGGGUAUAUCAGCAUUACGAGUCAAUGAUGAAUCGUCAAAGAAGGAGCCAAAGACUGUCUUACAGCAAGUUGUGCAAAGUGAUACAUCACGGAAUGAGAUCACAAGGAAAGUAAAGACACCGGCAAAGGCCAUCAGACAACUACGGCAUGAAACUUGUCAGCACCAACUGUUUCUGGCUCAGAAGAAUGCAAGUCUGAGGAGCGGCGCUAGGGGGCUACAAGCAAGAAAGGACUUGAAAACAGCGGAAAAUAGGCUUGAAGAGUCAGCAGAGCGCCUCAAUGAUGACCUUACCACCUUGGAUGCCUCCAGAAUUGAACAAGAGACCCAGGCAGCGGUUGAGUUACUUGCUGAUGUGGAGGCACAGUUUGAAAGUAUGAAUGUUGUAGACUUGGACCAAGAAGCCCGGAAGGUUCUUCUAGGUCUAGGCUUUAAGGACACUGAUUUUGAUCGACCAUUCCUCUCUCUAUCAGGAGGCUGGCGUAUGCGAUGUAUGCUGGCUGGAGCAUUGAUCCAAAGUGCGGAUAUCAUGAUUUUGGAUGAGCCAACUAACUUCCUUGAUAUGCUCGGUGUUAUAUGGCUGGAAACUUACCUCAGUCGAAUGCAGGAGAAUUCCGAUAAGACAGUGGUAGUGGUUUCUCAUGACCGGGCGUUCCUCAAUAAUAUAUGCGAGGAACUUAUAAUCCUUAGGGACAAGACACUUACCUACUUUAAGGGCAAUGUGUCUGCAUAUGAGCAAGAUCGAGAGUCUCAAAAGCUUUACUGGGGGCGUAUGAAGGAGGCGCAGGAACGACAGACGGCACAUAUUGAGAAUACGAUCAAGAACAACAUGAAGAUAGGCAAGAAGACAGGAGACGAUAAUAAGCUGCGAAUGGCCAAAUCCAGACAGAAGAAGUUGGACGAUCGAAUGGGGGUACAGGUAAGCGCAACAGGAGGCAGAUUCAAGCUGAGCCGUGACCGUGUUGGAUGGCAUGACUCUAUGCGAGCUGAGAUUGAGGUCCCGGCGGACGAGAAGGGGGUAUCAAUCGACCUUCCAGAGGCGCCCGACCUGAGGUUCCCGGGACCGCUGCUCUCACUUGAAGGUGUGACAUUUCAGUAUAAACACAGCGGCCCUGUUGUGCUCAAUUCCAUUGAUCUGGUCAUGCACAUGGGCGACCGCGUAGGUAUCUUGGGUCUCAACGGAUGUGGCAAGUCGACGUUAUUGAAAAUUCUAGUGGGAACCAACGAGCCAACACAGGGGAAGCUAUCUCGACACCCUCGACUGAAGCUGGGAUACUACUCCCAACACUCGGUCGAGGAGCUUCAGGAGCUCGGCAGAUCGUCGCCAACGGAGACGGGACUGAGCCUACUUUGCAGGGAGACAGAAGGCGUGCUUGAUGAAGGAGAAGUCAGAGGCAUGCUCAGUUCGCUGGGAUUACCUGGACGGACGGCGUCAGAUGUCCCCGUUUGCCAGCUGUCGGGUGGACAGCUGGUUCGGCUUGCCCUUGCUCGAAUCCUUUGGCCGAUGCCACAUAUCUUGGUGCUCGACGAGAUCACGACGCAUCUUGAUUUCCACACCGUCCUUGCCCUGGCUGCAGCUCUCUCGUCAUAUAACGGAGCCCUGCUGCUAGUCUCCCACGAUCGAUACCUUGUUCGGAAGGUGAUCGAAGGCAAGGAGAACCUAGAGGGCGACGAUGACGGCAGCGGUGGAAUGGCAGAGCAUGAAGCCAAGGGCCGCGGAGCGACAGCUGUGGAUGAAUCCCAACGCCGAGAUGUCGUUGUGCUCAAGGCUGGCAAGCUGCAGCUGCAAGAGGAUGGAGUUGACCAGUUCGAGGCCAGCCUGCAGAAACGAGUCCGGAAGAUGAUUGCUUAG